UCUGCUCGCAGGUGUCGGUAGCGAGGGCUCCGGGGCACAGCCCAGGGCGGCCCCAUGGUGGGGUUCGGGGCCAACCGGCGGGCUGGCCGCCUGCCCUCGCUCGUGCUGGUGGUGCUGCUGGUGGUGAUCGCCAUCCUCGCCUUCAAUUACUGGAGCAUCUCCUCCCGCCACGUCCUGCUUCAGGAGGAGGUGGCCGAGCUGCAGGGCCAGGUCCAGCGCACCGAGGUGGCCCGCGGACGCCUGGAGAAGCGCAAUUCGGACCUCCUGCUCUUGGUGGACUCGCACAAAAAACAGAUCGACCAGAAGGAGGUCGACUACGGCCGUCUCAGCAGCCGGCUGCAGGCCCGGGAGGGCCUGGGGAAGAGAUGCGAGGAUGACAAGGUUAAAUUACAGAACAACAUAUCAUAUCAGAUGGCAGACAUACAGCAUUUAAAGGAGCAACUUGCUGAACUUCGUCAGGAGUUUCUUCGACAAGAAGACCAGCUUCAAGACUAUAGGAAGAAUAAUACAUUCCUUGUGAAGAGGUUAGAAUAUGAGAGUUUUCAGUGUGGACAUCAGAUCAAGGAAUUAACAGCACAGCAUGAAGAAAAUAUUAAGAAAUUAGCAGACCAAUUUUUGCAAGAACAAAAGCAAGAUGCCAGCAAGAUUCAGUCAAAUGAUGGGAAUGAAUUGGGUGGAAAUGAUCAUGAAAUACCUAAAAAUAUUCCCAAAGUAGUUGAGAAUACUGCAGAUAAGAAUGAAGAACCCUCCAGCAAUCAUAGUCCACAUGGGAAAGAACAAAUCAAGCGAGGUGGUGAUGCGGGGAUGCCUGGAGUAGAGGAGAAUGACCCUGCGAAAGUUGAUGAUCUUCCCACUUCUAAGAAGUCCGCUGGUCCAGUUUCUCAACAUGAAAAUCAUCAAGCAAUCUCUCACCUUUCAACUGGGCAGCCGCUCUCCCAAAAUAUGGCUCUAGAUUCACACAUAAACCUCAAUGGAAACCCUGGUACUUCAAAUCAGAUACCUUCCAAUCGUCUUCAGCCUCUAAUUCCAGGCCCAAACUUGGAGAGUGAACCCAGAGUUCAACCAGAUGUGAUAAAGCAGGCUACCAAGGACAGAGCUGGUGAUUUCCAUAAGUUGAAGCAAAGCCGGUUCUUUGAUGAGAAUGAGUCCCCUGUUGAUCCGCAGCAUGGCUCUAAACUGGCAGAUUACAAUGGGGAUGAUGGUAACGUAGGUGAGUAUGAGGCAGACAAGCAGGCUGAGCUGGCUUACAAUGAGGAAGAAGAUGGUGAUGGUGGAGAGGAAGACGUCCAAGAUGAUGAAGAACGAGAACUUCAAAUGGAUCCUGCCAACUAUGGGAAGCAACGGUUCAAUGAUGUCCUUUAAGUCCUAAGAGAAAACUUCAGAAAACCUAAAGUGCUGUAAAAUGGAAUCAUUUCUAAUUUGUUGUUUCUUGACUUUUGUUGUAAAGAUCUGUUGUAUCAAUUGUAAAGAUACACUGAGAUAGAUUUAAGUAAAAACUUUGAUGGAGGAAUGUAUCCUGUACAUAUGUGAACUUUUUUCAUAUUGUAUUAUCAAAGCAGAGACUUUUUUGGUUAUGAUACAGUUGAAGCAAAAACAAAGAAGCAAAACUGUAAUCUUUGCAUUUAAAGCAAACAAAUGUAUAUUUAAAAUUUUAUUGAGCCUAAUUCUUUCCACAAAUGGACAAACAGGAAAAGUUGUACAGUUUAUAUGUUACAGAUAGCAUAACCACGGUGAGAGCAAUUAUUUGCUGAAAAACUUUUUAUAUACUAAUAUAUUCUUAUUAGCACAAUCAAGGUUUCUGUUCUAUCUACCCCACAUCUCCUGCUCUUCAUGAAGUUAUACCUAGAACCCCACAGCCAAGUCCAUUGACUCGAUCUAGUUCACAGCCCCCUGGAUAAGGGUUUCCAUGGCUGUAAAUCUUACAGGAAGCAGACAGCCUCCCUCAGAAUAAAUGGUGGCUUUAAACCAUUGGCCUUGCCCAGAGUCUAACCCACAGCACCACCAGGGCUCCUCAUACCUAGAAUAGUUACAUAAAAUGGGGGAAAUUGGAAGCUGGGCAGCACGUAUGCAAAAAUCACUUCCCUAUUUCUUUUAUCUUACAUGAGAACUAAUGUGUUUUGGCAGAAGCCUGAUGAAAGUUAAGCUAGCCUGCAAAGACUUACCAAUAUUUGUGAGUCACGCUUUACUAAGUUCAUGAAAUUAUGGAAUGCAUGAUUGCAAUAUAGUUUCGAUUUUUAUUUUUUCACAUAAUACCUGUAGUGUUUAACUAUAGCCAGCACUGGCUAACAUUUUUGUAUUUUCAGAGUUCAGAUUGGUGAAGAUAUGUGUGAUUUAAUGCCAGAUCUAGAAAGGGGCUAGCUCAACUUGGAAAUGAAGCUGCAAUCAGUAUUUCAAAGCUUUUUUGGUAAUCUUUAGUGAUCUUAUUUGAGUCGACUUUUCCAGAAGUACUAAAUAAGGAAUUUUAACAGAUGUCGUUAUUAAUGCACAGAUAAACAAGUACAGUGAGGUCUAUAGCCAUUUUAUUAAAAUAGCUUAAAAGUUUGUAAUAAAGAUGAAGGAUGUUUAUAAUUAAUAUAUUAGUGAAGAACCCAUCAACCUCAUAUUUGCUAGACUUGCAAAUUAUUUAAAAUGCAUUUUUCUUUCUUGUCACUCUUCAGUAGAAUGUGUAACAUAGCCAAUCCUUGUUUUCUAAUUUAAAGUACUUCUCCUCUUCACCAAAAUAAAGAGUUUUGAUCAUAAGGGCCAAUCGUUAACUCUGUUUGCCAGAAGGGCUACUGUUAAUUGCAUGUAAACAAAUGCUUUUCUUUUUCUGCACUCAGGUUAUAGUCAAAAUCCAAAUUCACAGCGAUAAAGAAGCAUGAUGUGCAUGUGUGAAGGGUACGAAAGUUAUUUUGUGACCAGGAAAAGAUGCAAUAAUUACAAAAAAUUUUCCCCCACAAUAUCAAAGUAAGCAAUUCAUGCCUUUCCUUAUAAGUAGUAUAGUCUAACAAUGAAGUGAUAUGACAGUUCACAGAAUUUUUAAAAUGGAGUUCAAGAUAAUUGAUUAGAUUUUUGAACAUCAGUUUUGGGGGAAUUAAUUUUAAAAACACAGCAUUACGUUAUUUUUAAUACUGUAAGAUCUUUAUAAAUGAAAAGCAUCUAAUUACCUGCUUUAAUUCUUUUGCCAUAAAAAAAUCAUUUGCUUAUACAGUAGCUAUUUAAUUACACAGCAAAAUUUCUUCAAUUAAAGCCUAGCUAUUUUAUAAACUGAGAAACCUUUAUCCAGUUGGUAAAAUUUCUGACUAUGUUAACAUUUUAGUACUAUAAAAUACUAUGUGAAUCUCUUAAAAGUCCGACAUUCUAGUCUGCAUUAGACAUGCUGGUUUUAUAAUGUUUUCCUUCUGCCUUAAAAUUUAGGUUUUUAAAAUGUAUUUUUGCCCUGGAUUAAGUGUUAAUUUGGUGGAAACUCUGAUUUUUAAAAAAGCAUCACUUACUGGGUUCUAAUAAAUUAAAAAUUAAACUUG